CAACUGGACCACUUACGGACCCCCGUGAGACCCAACAACGACACCCAUCGUCAUCAAUCAUUAUCUCUCUAUUUGCCAAAACAAACCCUAAGCCGCCUCUCCGCCGGCACCUCCCCAGCCACCGCGCCUCCGAGAGCGACAAGCUAAAUUCAGACAAUAACGCAGGUGAGCCGGGCCGGGUCGGGCUAGUUCACUCAGGAAGUGAAUUGAGGUGAUUCGAGUCAAAUGGGCCGGGUUGACCCGUUUUCACAGCCCUAGUUUUCUGGCUUUCCUUUUCCCAAAAGAUCCUUCUACUCUCCUCGCGAUUCAAGUUUGAAAACCAAACCCUGGUUUUUAAUUCUUUUUUUUUUUUGUCUAAAUCAUCAUCUUCUCCUUCGUUGCGCGCGGUUGCGAGCACGUCUCAACCCUUCACUACGCAAAGGUAAGUAUAGAGGCUGAAGUGUGGGCAUUGUAUAUGCUGACUUGAUCAAUGGGGUCCAAUUCGUUGAAGGAUUAUCUGAAAAGGUAUGAAAGUAACACUGAAGAAGAGAAGAAAAAAAAUAAGAAGAAGAAGCAGAAGAAGAAAAGUCAGCCACCAGCAACUGGCUUAUUGGUCGUGGAUGAAGAUCCUGCGUGGCAGAAACCCGUAGACCUUGCAGAAGAAGGAAAUGAUAAAUCAUCAGAUGAGGAGAAGCCACUAGUGGAUGAAGACAUUGAAGUGAAGCGUAUGAAGAGGCUUGAACAGCUGAAGGCCAGACGUCCUUAUCAUGCUAUAUCCGAAGAUGGAAGUGGUUGGGUUUCACUUUCAUCUACAUCUGCAAAUCCUAUUAAAUCAAAUGAUGAUAUGUCUCCACCCCGUAAACAGAGGGUUCGAAAUGACACUCCUUCACCUGAACCUGAAUUAAAUCCUUCAACUUCUAAAAGAAAGGGUGCUGAUUUAUCUCCAAAUCGACUUAUGAGUCGGAAUGACACUCCAUCACCAGAUCACGGGACUUCUAAUUUGCAAGACAUUUCUCCACCACCACGACGUCGUCAUGAUUCUCCCUCUCAAGAUGUGUUACAUAGAUCUGUGGCAUCGGACCUUUCACCCCCAAGGAAAAUCCAAAAGAAUGCUGCAAGAAUGGGUUUGCCUGAUAUUUCUCGUCAUCGUUCACCUCAAGAUUUCUCUCCACCUCGACGAGGUCGUCGUGAUUAUGAUACUUCUGACAUGCAAGAUAUGUCUCCACCUAGACGAGGUCGUCAUAAUUCUCCCUCUCAAGAUGGAUUUGAAACAUCAGACCUUUCAACCCCAAGGAAAAUCCAGAAGAAUGUUGCAAGAUCAGGCUUGGCUGGUUUUUCUCAUCGCCAUUCACCACAAGAUCUCUCUCCACCGCGACGACCUCGUCAUGAUUCUCCUUCUCAAGAUGCUUUACAUGGAUCUGCAGUGACAGACCUUUCACCCCCAAGGAAAAGCCAGAAGAAUUUUGCAAGAUCGGGUGUGUCCGAUCUUUCUCGCCAUCGAUCUCCUAGUCCUUCAACGAAAGUUGUUUCACGUCCAUUUUUGGAUCCUGACCUUUCUCCACCAAGGAAAAAUACUAAGGAGGCACCCAAUCCAGAAUCUGUGCAUGUGCCUAAAACAGGUUUAAUUUCUAGUAAGGAUAUCACAGACGAGAUUGACAGAAAGAAGAGUGAUGAUCUGUUAAGAUUUAAACAGAUGGACCCUUCCAUCAGUGGGCGCGGUGCUGAACCUGUAUAUCGUGAUAAAGUUAAAGGAGUACGCAUUUCAAAGGAGGAAUACUUAAAAUCAAAACAAAAAGUAGAAGAUAAACCCAAGGAUAAGGAAAUAGAGUGGGGCAAGGGCUUAGCUCAAAAGCGUGAAGCGGAGGCUAGGCUGAAGGAACUAGAACUUGAGAAGGAAAAGCCUUUUGCACGGACCAGAGAUGAUCCUGAACUUGACAAAAUGCUGAAGGAGAGAUUAAGGUGGGGUGAUCCUAUGGCACAUUUGGUGAAGAAAAAAUAUCCGGAGCCUGUUCUUCCAAAUUUGGGGGAAAAUGAGAAGAUGAAGGAAUCGGGUUUUGUUGUCCCUCAGGAUAUUCCAAAUCACAGCUGGUUAAAAAGAGGGUUAGAUGCUGCUCCAAAUCGGUAUGGAAUAAGGCCAGGACGGCACUGGGAUGGUGUUGAUCGUAGUAAUGGGUUCGAAAAGGAUAUGUUCAAGAGAGCAAAUGAGAGGCAAGCUAGAGAUAGAGAAGCUUAUCUUUGGUCCGUGUCUGAUAUGUGAAAAGUGGCAGUAUAUAACGAUAUAAAGGAUGGUUGAUGAUGCCCUGGUCUGAGCAUUUAGGUCACCUUGGGAGGCAUGUUUGAAGGAUAUCUGUUGUAGUCCUUAAUAUGAAUCUUCACAAUAUUCUUUCAUAGAUUGUGCCGCAACAGUUUUCUGUAGUUCUUCUCUAUUAUGCCCAAAAUUUAUGUUCAUAUUGCUCACAUGGCAUUGCAAUCUAGGAGAAUUCUUUUAUGACGCACUAAAUAAAUCACAUGCCUGUCAAUGUCCUCCCAA